AAAGGUAACGGCCCUCCCAAAGCAGAGGAUCUGGAAUGCCUCUGCCUCUGACCGGAUAAAACUGCUCGUCCACACGCGACACAAAAAGCGGGAAACUUCGAAACGGAAAAGGGGGUCGGGGGAGAAAUAGUUUCACGAAAAAACAGCCACACCACUCAAAUCCACAGCAGCCGCAGCCGCCAUGGAUGAUGUUAGGGCAACAUCUGCUUGGGUUGCUAGCCGCUCCUCCCACGUCCUCGUCGACUCUUCAGGGAUUGAAAAAGUGGUGGAGACUAUCGAGUCCAUUCCUAAAGUUGAUUGGGAUUUUGAAGGGAUUCACUAUUUUGAUAAUGGCCCAUUAACCGUCCAGUACUUGUUCGUCUUGGACGCCUUGAAUUUCUGUUUCUGGCCCGAUAAGGACUUGAGCUAUGAUCACUUGGCCUCGGGACUGAAGGCUGCUCUUCAAAAUGACAAGUCAGCAUUUGAUGCUGAUCGCCUGCAAAAGUACACUGGCCCUGAAUUGCGUGAACUUUUGAAAUGGCCUAGACCACUUCCGUUGGAGGAUGAACGGGUUCGCUUGCUACAUGAGGUUGGAUUCGAACUAGAGAGAAGCUUUGAGGGUAAAGCUGUUAAUAUAGUGGAAUCCUGUGGGAAAUCAGCUGUGAAGCUUGUUGCCGUUAUUACGCGACACUUUCCUGGCUUUCAAGACCACUCUCUCUACAAAGGCCACCAGAUAUUCCUGUACAAACGAGCUCAAAUAUUUGCAGCUGACCUUUGGGGUGCAUUUCGUGGCCGAGGAUAUGGAGAGUUCAAUGACAUUGGUUCAAUCACCAUUAUGGCAGACUACAUCGUUCCUGCCGUACUUCGGCAACUUGGGGUGCUAAAAUAUAGUUCUACACUUGCUGGCACCAUUGAUGCUAACAGCGAAAUUGGUCCAGGCAGCGAGGAGGAAGUAGAACUCCGGGCUUGCUCAAUAUAUGCAGUUGAGAAAAUGAGAGAAUUGAUCAGUAUGAAAUCAGGAAAACAGGUUCUAAGCGUGGAGUUAGAUCUUUGGCUUUGGUCCUUUGGAAUCCAGUGCCCAUCUCUGCCACACCAUCGUACUCUUUCAAUUUAUUACUGAUUCCAAUCCAACAUUUGAUCUUGUAGCCUUCUGUUAUGCACCUGCCAGUUGGAGAAUGGAAAAAUUUUGGCGGAAGAAGCUCGAGGAGAUUUCUCGAGGCAUCUCUUUUAGGACCCCUGGGGUUUAGUAGCAAAGGAGAACCAAUAUAUAAGUUCAGAUUUUGUGUAUCUUUUACUUUAGAACUGUUAGAGCAAGCCAAACCAUAACUAAUUUGUUAUAAACAGUAACGGGUUAUUCCCUUUCCAAUUUAGACCUUCACUUCAAACAGAUAAACAAAAAGAGAAUAGAGAAAGAAGAAACUGAAAGGAUCCACCCAUGUUUUAAGUUGUGGCGCUGGGGUUCUUGGUGAUGGGCAAAUUCCCAUCAUAGCUGCAUUUCAGGACGUCUGGUCUUCUAAGCAGUCGAGGUCCAAUUGGAACUUUGCUCGGUUGUGGGCGAAUGUCCUGCUCAUUCACAGAAUUUUCUUCAUACAAAUGAUAUCAAACAGAUUUAUGGAUCGAUAUUAAUAUAUUUGAUUUGAGAUAUUACCGAUAAUCUCUCAAUCUAAAA